AUGGAUAAACGAGAAGCAACAAUUAAACAGGUUCAGACAGAAUUAACAACAACAACUCACAAUAGAAAUAAUGAUAUGUUUACCCGGUGGAUGAAGAGGGUAAUGUUACAAAAAAAAGAAAAGGUAAAAAGGAAUGGAAAUGGGAUUGGGCAUAAGGAAAAGGACUUGUAUAUUGCUUACCUCUCAAGGUUUGUUAUGCAUCAUCAGGUCCAAGAAAUUGGUAAUAUGUGUUAUGGGGAUACAACAAGAGUAAAUGCAAAGCUAGAUUUUCAAGACUUGCAAUAACUGAAAAGAAGUGAAAGAAGAUACUGUAAAUGUGGUGGAUCUGAUUGUGCGUAUAUUAUAAAAACUAUACAAGUUUUGUGCAAGUCUGCACUAAAGACACUAAAGACUGAACCUGUCCUUGAGCAAGUGUUUCUUAUCAUCACUUGUAGAUUUGAGGCUGAUUUCAACGACAAGUAGCGUCUUUCUCAGUUUUUCAUCAAAUAUAAUUGUUUAUUGCUAUCUUUGAUUAUUAAUUGCAUCAUGUUUUGUUCCUUGGAGAGAGUCAAUUGUAGCUAUUAGAGAAAUAUUGAACCAUCCUUGUGGAUAUGCUAGGGACUUUCACGCAUGUUUUUUAUGGGUCCUAAUGAUAUCGUUCCUGGUUGGCGGCUUGGGUGGUUUGUCACCACAGAUUCUAAUGAAAAGUGGAUGCUCGCAACACGUUGUGUAAAUAUACUAGGUGUGUGUUGGUAGGAUGUGUAAAUUUACAAGGUGUGUGUUGCACAGGGUUGCAUAUAACAAACCAGUCUUACACAAAAAAAAUUGUUUCAUAAAAUAUUCUUGCUAUUUGUAUAUUUUUAAUCACC